CUUCUUGUGUUUAUCAUCAUAUUUAGUUAAUUCUGCAGGAAAAAUCUAGUUGUCCACACAGCAGCCCUGCAGCAGGUGGAAGACAAAAACAUGAUCUUCAUGCCCGGGUGCUGGAGGUGAAGCUGGUGCAGGUCCUCCUUCAUCAUGUUGACCAGCUUGACGCUGCUGAGCUCCCGUCGCCGCCACAGGGACUGGGAAAAGAAUGGGAGAAGGCCUUUCCACUGCCAACUACAGUCCACCCCAGCCAAACCAACAGGUUGCUUCCCAAGGUCCCAGGAGCCCAGAGAGCAGGUUUCAUGGAGCUGUUGUUCUCUUUCUGGGGCUGCUGAGUGUUUUCCUGCUGGCUGGGCUCAUCACCCUCGGUGUCCUCUACCGUGAUUCAUCUUCAGAACUCUCCACUAUCAAAGCCAACCUGUCCUCCGUCUCUGAAGAGAGAGACCUGCUGAAUGCCAACCUUACUGAAGCGACUAAAGAGUUGAACAGGCUGCAGAGUUUGUCGAAACAGAAGAAAACCUGUCCUGCAGGAUGGAGGAUGUUCAGUUGUACCUGUUAUCUUCUCUCCACUGAGUAUGCAUCAUGGGAAAAAGGCAGAGAAGACUGUAGAAACAGAGGAGCAGAUCUGGUGGUAAUAGACAGUUAUGAAGAACAGGAAUUCCUCACUAAGUUCAAGGAAGGAUCUUCUGUUUGGAUUGGUUUGAAUGACAGAGACAGUGAGGGCACCUGGAAGUGGACUGAUGAAACGCCACUGACUCUGGAGUACUGGCUGAGCAUGCAGCCUGAUAAUGGUCGUGGAGAUCCACGGUGGGGGGAAGAGGACUGUGCACACAUCAAUGCUAGCAAGGAAACUAAAAACUGGAACGACCUGCGGUGUGAUGCCUCUCUGCAAUGGAUCUGUGAAAAACUGGCUUAGAUUUUAAUGAGAUUUGAAAUAAUACAUUUGAAAAUACUUUAACAAUGUAAGUUAUGAUUAUACAAAAGGCCUUUAAUAGUGUUAUUGUGUUAUACUGUGCUGAUGGCUACCAUAUGCAGUGAAACGAAGCUGCCUUAAAGUUAGCUAACACAUUACACUGAAUAUACUGCAUACUAUAAUGAAGUAUUACCCUGAAAUGCACUUUAUCAUUAUUAUCUUUUUGAUGGAUUUUGGUAAAUUAAUCUGAUAAUAAAAUUGACUGUUUCCUCCGAUUGCUUCCUCCAA